ACCCUGCGGAGUCCUUCUGGGAGGCGGGAGCUGAAGGAUGGGGCUGCACGAUAGCGUCGUUCACGCCGGGGAGCCCGAGGAGGAGGAAGAAGAGCUGGUGGAUCCUUUAGAAACAAUCCGUGAGCACUGCGAGCAGACGGAGAAAUGUGUGAAGGCAAAGGAGCGGUUGGAGCUGUGUGAUGCACGGGUGUCAUCCAGGUCCCAGACAGAAGAGCAGUGCACAGAGGAGCUUUUUGACUUCCUGCAUGCCAGGGACCACUGUGUUGCUCACAAACUCUUCAAGAGCCUGAAGUGAAGGUGGGCAUGGCUGUUCACCUGCUUCCACAGCUGGUGUUGGCAGUUCCUGGAUCCAGUACUGCUUCCUGCCUGUUCAUUCUCCAUGCUCAGUAUAAAUAAAUCAGCUUCCUGGCAGCGACUGAGUGUCAACAUGUCUCUGCAUCUGUUCUCCUGAAAGAAGAUGUGCAGCUAUACAAAAAACGUGUCGGUGUUCUGUGAUUUUCCAUAUUAAACAGUGAGAGUUCCCAUAGAAA